UUUUCCGGAAACCUUCAAGUAAACAGUAAGUGAAAUCUUUUAACCCACAAGCAUAUUGGCUAAUAAGAAUCAGCGACAAAGAUCCAGAAACGAGGGGAAUCUGGAACCCGAAGCAUGAAUUCAGUCUUACUCAUGGAUUCCUUGCCCAUAUGGGCGGAUACGGAUUCGGCGUCGAUGAUGGAGUGAUUUCUGUUUUUCCGAAAGAUACCAAGGUUCUAGCAAUAACCGCGCGGGGGCUGGAAUGUAUCGCCAGCAUAGACCCUUCGAUUAUACCAGACAUCGAUGUCAAGGACAUCAAGGACAAAAGCAAAAGCAACAAUUUCGGCAAGUUUUUGCACUGCGUAUCUCUCGGAUGGUUUCUCAUCCGAGUCAUGACACGAGUCGAGCUAGGACUUGCUGUACCGCUGCUGGAGUCGACCACAUCCAUCCAUGUAGCAUUGACCAUUAUGACGCUAAUCAUUUGGUGGCGAAAGCCACUGGACGUCGACCGACCGUUUGUCAUUGUCAGUGGUGUUUCCUAUCCUCUCGCCGCCUUUCUAGUGCUUUGUUCCGCGCAUACACUCUGGAAAAGCGAUGUCUGGUGGCCAGAGUUCGCCUUUAAGAAGUCAGACAGCGACGACCAAGACUUAUGCGCGCAGAUCUCCCCCGAUGGAACAAUCAGUCUUGCUCCCGGUCAGAUUCUCUUCGGCUUUCGAUACUUUGGGUAGAAACAAAAGGACGGAACGCGCCGGCUAAAACCUAUACUCUUGGAAGAGCACCAGGUUGAAUGCCUGAGGCUUGCCCG